AUGGGGCUGUCGUCUGUGCUUCUGCUGGCGCUGCUGCUCUUGCCGGCGGUGGCGUCGGCCGGGCACCACGACUACGGCGACGCCCUCCACAAGAGCAUUCUCUUCUUCGAGGGGCAGCGCUCCGGCAGGCUUCCACCCGACCAGCGCCUCCGCUGGCGCCGCGACUCCGGCCUCCACGACGGCGCCGCCGCCGGCGUGGACCUGACGGGAGGGUACUACGACGCCGGCGACAACGUGAAGUUCGGGUUCCCGAUGGCGUUCACGGCGACGCUCAUGUCGUGGGGGCUGAUCGACUUCGGCCGCAGCUUCGGGCCGCACAAGGAGGAGGCGAGGAAGGCGGUGCGGUGGGCGACGGACUACUUCAUGAAGGCCACGGCCAAGCCCAACACGGUGUACGUGCAGGUGGGCGACGCCUUCAAGGACCACUCCUGCUGGGAGCGGCCCGAGGACAUGGACACCCCGCGCACCGUUUACAAGGUCGACCCCUCCCACCCAGGCUCCGACGUCGCCGCCGAGACCGCCGCCGCCCUCGCCGCCGGCUCCAUCGUCUUCCGCGACGCCGACCCCGUCUACUCCCAGCGCCUCCUCGACCGUGCCAUGGCCGUGUUCAAGUUCGCGGACAGGUACCGGGGCGCCUACAGCAGCAGCCUCCACGCGGCGGUGUGCCCCUGCUACUGCGACUUCGACGGGUACCAGGACGAGCUGCUGUGGGCGGCGGCGUGGCUGCACAAGGCGUCGCGCAAGAGGGUGUACCGGCAGUACAUCAAGAAGAACGAGGUGGUGCUCGGCGCCAGCGACUCCAUCAACGAGUUCGGCUGGGACAACAAGCACGCCGGCAUCAACGUCCUCAUCUCCAAGGAGGUUCUAAUGGGGAAGGACGAGUACUUCCAGUCCUUCCGCGCCAACGCCAACAACUUCAUGUGCACCCUCCUCCCCGGCAUCUCCGACCACCCCCAGAUCCAGUACUCCCCAGGCGGGCUGCUGUUCAAGGUCGGGGGCAGCAACAUGCAGCACGUGACGUCGCUCUCCUUCCUCAUCCUGGCCUACUCCAACUACCUGAGCCACGCGGGCGCGCACGUCUCCUGCGGCGCCGGCAGGUCUGCGCCGCCGACGAAGCUCCGGCAGGUGGCCAAGCGGCAGGUGGACUACAUCCUCGGGGACAACCCGCUGCGCAUGUCCUACAUGGUCGGCUACGGGCCGCGGUUCCCGCGCCGGAUCCACCACCGCGGCAGCUCCAUCCCGUCCGUGGCGGCGCACCCGGCGAGGAUCGGGUGCAAGGCCGGCGCCGCCUACUACGCCAGCGCGGCGCCUAACCCGAACCUGCUGGUGGGCGCCGUCGUCGGCGGGCCCAGCGACGCCACCGACGCCUUCCCCGACGCGCGCGCCGUGUUCCAGCAGUCCGAGCCCACCACGUACAUCAAUGCGCCGCUCAUGGGCCUCCUCGCCUACUUCUCCGCCCACCCCAACCCCGCCGAGUGGGCCGACGACUAA